AGCAAAAAAUUAGGCGCCAAAAGUAAGAGAAAACGUAGUAUACACUGAAAUAAAACAUUCUAAAAAUUAAAUUAAACUCUCUGUCUUCUCAAAACACAUGUGGUCACAACUCUUACCAUAGUCUCUACACAUCGUAUCCAUCAUCUGCUCCGCCAUAGAUCUACCAAUAGAUUUCUUAAUUCCUCAGAUUCUUCUCUUAUUCAUCAAAAACCUCUCAAGGCAAGAAGCAACAGGAAUUUAGCAAAUCGAGCUAAGUUGAAGAUGCCUCAUCAUAUUGGUAGAAAGCCUAUUCGAGAGGUUAUUUAUCAAAAGGGCGGGAAAUACGGCAAUCCACCAGAUUUAGGGACUAUUUUCUUUGAGACUCGUAAGAAAGAUAACAAGCUUGUUGAACCUGAAGCAAUUGAAAAACAUUCUCAGAUCAAAGAAAUAGUUCAAUCGGAGCCCUCUCUAUCUAGUAUAGAGAUUGUAGAAACAUUUUGUGGACCUCAAACUCAUAGCCAUGUAUUUGGAUUUGGGGGUGGAGUAAAGGCGAAAGAAUUUAAAGGUGGAACUUCUUCAAAGGCUGAAUUAUUGCUUGAUGAUGCUGUUGGAUUACACCUAAUGAAUUUAGAUUGCUUUUGGGGUAAGCGGUUUUGAAGAUUAAAGUUAGAAGUCAAGAUGCAAGUUUAGAAGAUGCACGUGAACUCAUUCCUAUUUUGCUAGGAAUGUUAUGUAGAACUCGGUAUCAUAUUCUAGCUCAGGUUGUUAGCAAUGUUUUUUUGUUAAGGUGUCGAGCAAAUAUUGAAACUAACAUCAUGGGAUGUUAACCAUUUUAUUGUAAUUAAUAUAACUCUCUC